CGGGUGGGGCGAGGCCCUGCGCGGCUGGCCCGGUGCAGCUUCGGUCUGCGCUGCUCCGAGAUGGAGCCCACUGCGGAGAGCGAGGAGGGUGGAGGCGCGGCGACAGGAGAGUGCGUGAAUCGGUUCCCGGUGCCAAGACCGCCCUCCAUUGAGGAAUUCAGCAUAGUGAAGCCCAUUAGCCGCGGCGCCUUCGGGAAAGUGUAUCUGGGGCAGAAAGGCGGCAAGUUGUAUGCGGUGAAGGUUGUCAAAAAAGCAGACAUGAUCAACAAAAAUAUGACUCAUCAGGUACAAGCUGAGAGAAAUGCGCUGGCACUGAGCAAAAGUCCGUUCAUUGUUCAUUUGUACUACUCACUGCAGUCAGCAAGCAACGUCUACUUGGUAAUGGAGUAUCUUAUUGGUGGAGAUGUCAAGUCUCUCCUACAUAUAUAUGGUUACUUUGAUGAAGAGAUGGCUGUGAAAUACAUUUCGGAAGUAGCAUUGGCUCUUGACUACCUUCAUAGACAUGGAAUUAUCCACAGGGAUCUGAAACCAGACAAUAUGCUUAUUUCUAAUGAAGGUCAUAUUAAGCUGACAGAUUUUGGCCUUUCCAAAGUUACUUUGAAUAGAGAUCUCAAUAUGCUGGAUAUCCUUACAACACCAUCAAUGGCUAAGCCUAGGAUCGAUUAUUCAAGAACACCAGGACAAAUAUUAUCUCUCAUCAGCUCUUUGGGAUUUUUUACCCCAGUUGCAGAAAAAAAUCAAGACUCUGCAGAUCUCCUUUCAGCCUAUCUUUCUGAAACAUCACAGCUUUCCCAAGGACUAGUUUGUCCUAUGUCUAUAGAUCAAAAGGAGACUACUCCUUACUCUAACAAAUUACUAAGAUCAUGUCUCGAAACACUCGCCUCCAACCCAAGAAUGCCUGUGAAGUGUCUAACUUCCAAUCUGCUCCAGUCUAGAAAAAGGUUGGCCACGUCCAGUGCCAGUAGUCAGUCCCACACCUUUGUAUCCAGUGUGGAAUCAGAAUGCCAUAGCAGUCCCAAAUGGGAAAAGGAUUGCCAGGAAAAUGACGAAGUAUUGGGCUCUACAAUGACGAGUGGGAAUACAGGUGAAAAGUUGUGUGCAAAAUCUACAAAUGCCAUCGAGACCAAAAGUUUAAAUAAAAAGGAUCUUGAGUUAGCCCUUUCUCCCAUUCAUGACACCAGUGCUGUUCUUGCCACUGGAAGCUCUGGUGUAAACCUUGCUCAGAAAAGCUUCUCAGAGGAAACUUGCUGGGAAGCAAGAGAACUGUAUGUAAAUAAUACAAACAUGGCCACCAACACAGGACAAUGUGGUUUUCAUCAGUCAGUUCAGUGGGCUGUUGAUUCUGGUGAUAUGUCUGAAGAGCACCUUAGAAAAAGAAGUUUAAAAAGAAAUUUUGAGUUGGUUGACUCUAGUCCUUGCCAGGAAACUAUACAGAAUAAAAAAAAUUGUGUUGAGUAUCAGUGUGGUAAUGAAAUGAUAGAUUGUCAUACAAAUCAAAAUACAGGCUUAACAGCUGAAGUCCGGGACCUUAAACUAUCAGUAUCUAGACAGCAAAAUGACUGUGCUAAUAAGGAGAACAUUUUCAGUUCUUUUAUUGAUAAGCAACAAACACCAGAAAAAUUAUCUAUACCAGAGAUCGCAAAAAACCUUAUGUGUGAACUGGAUGAGGAUUGUGAAAAGAAUAGUAAGAAUGACUGCUUAAGUUCCAGUUUUCUAUGCUCUGAUGAUGACAGGACUUCUAAAAGUAUUUCUAUGGACUUGGACUCAUCUUUUCCUGGAAUUUCUAUAAUGGAAAAUUCCUUAGAAAAACAGUUCUUAGAUCCAGAUAAAAGCAUGAAAGAAUCCUCUUUUGAAGAUUCAAAUAUUGAAGAUCUACUUACUGUUUCAUCCAACUGCCAAGAAAAUACUUUGCCAAAAGCUGAUGAGAAUAUUGCUGUCCAAAACAGUAACCAAAAAAUGUUAGUUCCUUCUUCAGAAGUAUUGAAAACAUUGACCCUCUCUAAAAGAAAUACCGUUGCUUUUCGAAAUUUUAACAGUCAUAUUAAUGCAUCCAAUAACUCAGAACCAUCCAAAAUGAGCAUUACUUCUUUAGAUGCAAUGGAUAUUUCAUGUGCUUAUAGUGGUUCGUAUCCCAUGGCUGUAACUCCUACUCAAAAGAGAAGAUCCUACAUGCCGUAUCAGCAGACUCCAAAUCAGAUCAAGUCAGGAACUCCAUACCGCACUCCGAAGAGUGUGAGAAGAGGAGCAGCCCCAGUGGAUGAUGGGCGAAUUCUCGGCACCCCAGACUACCUCGCACCUGAGCUGUUACUAGGCAGGGCCCACGGUCCUGCAGUAGACUGGUGGGCACUUGGAGUUUGCUUAUUUGAAUUUCUAACAGGAAUUCCUCCCUUCAAUGAUGAAACACCACAACAAGUAUUCCAGAAUAUUCUAAAAAGAGAUAUCCCUUGGCCAGAAGGUGAAGAAAAGUUAUCUGAUAAUGCUCAAAAUGCAGUAGAAAUACUUUUAACCAUUGAUGAUACAAAGCGAGCUGGAAUGAAAGAGCUGAAACACCAUCCUCUCUUCAGGGACAUGGACUGGGAAAAUCUGCAGCAUCAAACUAUGCCCUUCAUACCGCAACCAGAUGACGAAACAGACACAUCUUAUUUUGAAGCCAGGAACAACGCUCAGCAUCUGACCAUAUCUGGAUUUAGUCUAUAGCACGUAACUUUGUUGUUUAACCUCAUGAUAUAGAAUAAGCUUGCGUAGUUACAUAUUCUUUGAUACUAGAUGGAUCUCAGAGGAAAUCAUUGUUUUACCUGGGACAAUGAGCUUUUAGUGUAUGUGACAGCUUUCACAGAGCUAAAAGACUAUGAGGAAUAUAAUCAUUUUUCUUAAUUGCAGAACUGUAUACACAUCUUCUAACUUUUUUCAUCUUAUUUAUUUUGUUUAUUGCACUUUAUAAAAAGUAAAGCACCUAUAAAACUAGAGUGACACUACCACCAUAGAGAGCAAGGAAGCCAUGAGAUUGAUUUUUCUUUAUCCUUAUCUUUGAUUUCAGUCAUUAUUCAGUUUGGUAUUAAAAUAAUCUUCUCCCCUCAACAAGUACCAUUUCAUAUUAAUCUAAUUUAUUUGCACAAUUGCCUGCAAAAACUGUAGUCUCCAGAACAAUCAUUUAAGGCCACACUGUCCCCUCAAAAAAAUGCAGCUGGUAGUGCCAGCAGGUGGCAUAGUGGUUAAGGCGCUGGAUUCCCACAUGACUGC